GUCAUUCUAAAAAUGAUUGGAACCAUUUCCCUGUUUGACCGCUAGGUUUUAUGGACAUUAUGACACAUCCACUGUGGGGCUCUAUUUGGAUACUAGACCGAGUACAGAGGAGGCUAGUGGGAGGAGCUAUGGGAGGACGGGCUCAUUGUAAUGGCCAGAAUGGAACGAAUUGAACAGAGUCCAAAAUAUUUUUUACAUAUGUUUGAUACCGUCACAAUAAUUCAAUUCCAGCUAUUACAAUGAGCCCGUCCUCCUAUAGCUUCUCCCACCAGCCUCCUCUGACAGAGUACCCUAUGGCCUAUUCAUAUGACAUUGAUGCAGAUGACGCAGAUGUAUUUCCUAGAUAACACACAAACAAGAGAGACUCCUGUCAACCUGCAGUUCAAUGCCAUGCUGCCAGUCACGCUCACUCACUCACCAGAAUGUUUGGAAACUUUGUUGCGUCACAGCAUGCAAAAUACUGCCACGUCAGGGAUAACGCAGGGAAACAGAGCUAGAGUCUAUCCUACUGCAGUCCACUGACUGUACAGGUGUCAUUUCUACGGACUAAAUGAACCCCUAGGGUCCAUAAAGGGUUCCAAAGAUUUAUCAAGGGGAUGCUGUUCGGUGCACAAGGAGACUCAUCUUUCACUCACAAAGGGGAUUAGGCCUACUAACAUUGGAGUGAAGUUAUCAGGAUAACUAAAUCCCCUGGAAUAUCACCCUUUCACCUGGGAAUGAUGGACAACACAACACCCCCAGCUCUGAAGGAAAUGAAGGAUGUGGAGAAAGAAAAGGAGAAGGUAGAAGGAGAGUUGGAGAAUGGAGAACAUGACGAUGACAAUGAUGAUGGAUUUCUUGGACUCUUGAAUGAUGUCGACCAACAUCCGCCCAGUGUGUUUGGUACGGUGAAACCACAAACCAAACUUCUCUCUAGCCCGGACUCACCCUCUCACAGUCUGGAACUACAAGGCCAUAAAAGAGGACCAGAAGAGAGACCAAGGCACCUGGAAGAUACAGAACCAGCCUCUGACAUGCAUGUGACUCGAGGUCUUUUGGUUGAUAUUCAAAGAUGUGACAAUAGUGUGUGGGAGAGGGGAGAAGAAAGGGGAGAAGAGAGGGGUAAAGUACAUGUAGAAGAAGAGGAGUGGUCAGAGAGUGAGAGAGUAAACAAUUCAAGGAUGAACAGAAGGAGCGCAAAGGAGAGAUGGAGACUGAGGAAGAGGGAGAGGUUGGGAGGGAGCAUGCCAGCAGCAAAGACAGAGGGAUGGGAAAAGAUGGAGAGAAGAGAGAGAUGGUGCAGGUCAAGGAGGAUGAGAAAAAUGGAAGAGGAAGAGGGGAUGCAAGAUGGAGGUGUGCUGAAUGAGAGGAGUGAGGAGACGAAGAGCGCAGAGGAGAUAGGGGAUACAGAGACAGCGAGGAUAGGGGAUAGAGAGAUAGACAGAGAGGGCACAGGGGACAGUGAGAUGGAAGUAGAAAAUGCAGGGGACAGAAAGAUGGAAGGAGAGCGUGCAGGGGAUAGUAAGAUGGAAGGAGAGAGUGUCAGGGAUAGAGAGAAGGAUGGCGAGAAGGAGGUUGCCAGCAGCCUGAGCUCUGAAGGGAGCUGGUCUCCUUCCCCCCAUCCCAUCCUCUCCAGGAUGCACAUGCACUCCUCCGUCUCAUCCUCCUCUUCCUCCUUCAACUGCUCCUCAGCGGAGAGCGAUGAUGUCUUCAGCGAAGGAGAGGACACAGCCAGCAAAAGGAGCACCAUGAGGAGGUGUCGCUCCUGGAGGACCUUCCUAACCGUGAUGCAGUGGUCAGUACGUCGGCAGAGCUCAUGGGUCCAGCUAGCAGGACAUCAAGGCAUGUGUCCAUUCAACAACACAAACACAUCAAUAUAG